AUGGAUCGUGUUGUAUUGUUCCUCGUGGCUAUCACAGCAUCCUGUUCCGCCUUGCAACAGGCUGACGUAGACUACAUUGGUGCAAAUCUAGGAGUGAAAAUCUCAGUUCACGAUAACACAAAAUAUGACGGGGCAAAACACAGAUUCAGCCUAUAUCUCACAAACACCGGAAGUGAAGUAAUCAGACCAGACAACUGGUCCAUAUACUUUUACAGUUUCUUUAUGAUUGAACCUGGACACCUCCCUUCGGCGGAAGGAUACACAUUACCGAACUAUAAAGUGAAAUUUAACCAUAUUAAAGGUUGUUUAUUUAGUAUGACCCCGACUCCAGAUUUUCCAAAUAUUUUACCAAAUGGAUCUCAUUUCAUUGAAUUUUUCGGACAGUGGUGGACUGUUACAAGAACAGAUAUACCUCCAAACUGGUACGUCACAGGGCAAAACAUGAACCCCGCGAAUAUUGAAUCAACUGCGACAGGAAAGAAAUUUGUGACAAAUUAUGAUACUAUCGGUCAAUGGAAGAGAUAUCGAAACGACCAGUUUAACCCCUUCACGCCUCAAGAUCGUUAUAGAAGACAGAAAGUUCGAAACUUCAACACUCAUGCAAAAAUGAUUAUCCCUACCCCCAAACACAUUACAGUUCUUUCCCAGCAGUCUUUGCGUAUAAGUGAAAUGACAGCAGUAUGCACCCAGAAUGUUUCAGGAAGUUGUAUCCUUUUGAAUGAAAAAUUAGGAAUGAACACAAAUAUAGAUAACAAUGCUAAUAACGACCAACAACGGAACACAAUUCGAAUCUUCACAAAUUCCUCUAUUGGUGAAAAUUCUGGCUUUUAUAGACUACACACUGAUAUAUCAAAAUCAACAGUAACCCUGGUAGGGAGCACCCCUACAGCUGUGCAUUAUGGGAUACAGUCUCUCCUUAGUUUGGUGGCAGGAUCUCAUGAUAAAAAUAGUAUGCCAGACGUGUCAAUUGAAGACGAGCCUCGUUUUCAACACCGAGGUAUGCACGUGGAUGUGACAAGGAACUUUCGGACAAAAACGGAUAUUUUGCGAUUAAUGGAUGCCAUGUCAAUGUACAAGAUGAAUAAACUACAUUUACACCUGUCUGACGAUGAAGGAUGGAGGAUAGAAAUCCCAGGUAUCCCAGAAUUGACGAAGGUUGGAGGAAAACGGUGCCAUGAUCUGGGGGAGACGAAAUGUAUUAUUCCACAGCUUGGUUCUGGUGGAGAUGACAACACUUCAGGUUCCGGAUAUUUCAAUGUUUCUGAGUUUCAAGACAUUUUAAGGGAAGCCACUAAACGACACAUUGAUGUCAUUCCUGAAAUAGAUAUGCCAGGACAUUUUCAUGCUGGAAUAAAAGCUAUGGAAGCAAGGUAUCUUGAAUAUGAGAAUUCCAACCCAGAAUUAGCGAACCAGUAUAGACUUAUCGACCCAAACGACACGAGUAAAUAUGAAUCUGUUCAAAUGUUUAACGACAAUGCAAUAAAUCCCUGCAUUGAGUCAACAUACACUUUUGUAGAGAAAGUUGUAUCGGAAAUUCAGAAAAUGUAUGAGAAAAUUCAACCUCUGAAGUUUUUCCAUUUUGGUGGAGAUGAAACAGCAAAAAAUGCAUGGGUAAAUUCCAGCGCAUGUCAGAAACUGGCACAUACGAAUUCUUACUAUGAGAAACCUCAUCACCUUAAGGAAUAUUUUGUCAAGCGGAUUGCCAACAUAACAAAUAGCUUAGGACUUAAUCUAGCUGGUUGGGAAGACGGACUCAUGGGUGAUGAUGAAGUACCAAUUGAAAGAACGUCUAUACCUAAUUCUGAGGUAUAUGCAAACGGUUGGCAGAAUAUUUGGGAAUGGGGAAUAGGAAGAAGAGCUUAUGUCCUUGCUAACAAUGGAUAUAAGGUGGUUAUGUCCCAUGCAACUCAUUUUUUCUUUGAUCAACCACAAGCACCGGAUCCGGAAGAGAGUGGUCUCUAUUGGGCCACACGUUACACCGACGCCAUGAAGACGUUUUACUUCCUGCCGGAUAGACUUUACGACAAUAUCCAUAUCAAACGCUCUGGAGAGAGAAUUACAAAAGCUGAGGUGUGUGGAGACAAUAACGAAAAAUGUCCUCCAUUACAGAAUAAAGAAAAUAUAAUAGGUUUACAGGGCCAGUCUUGGGCUGAAACAUUCAUGACUCCGGAAAUUUUCGACUACAUGAUAUUUCCUAGAUUACUUUCAUUGGCUGAGCGUGCUUGGCACAAAGCAUCAUGGGAAGAUUUGGAAAACCCAGAAAAGGACAUUGUUGCAGCAGAGGACUGGGAGGUAUUUGCAAACACAAUCGGCCACAAAGAAUUGGACAGACUUGGGAAGCUAGGAAUUAAGUACAGAAUAGCGCCACCUGGUGCCAUAGUGGAGGAUGGCUUUCUGAAAGUGAGUACUGAAUUUCCGGGGCAUAUUGUACAGUACAGCAAAAAUAAUGGAACUUCUUGGCUUGAUGUCCCAAAUGAAUGGUUCCUUAAGGAUAACAGAUCUUUCCUAAUGAGAACAAGUACAAAGGAUAGAACAAGGUUUAGCAGAGUGGUCAAAUUUUAUCCAGAGGAACCUUUGCCAAUAUCCGAUCAACAUCUGGUUGACUACAUUGCCGGAAACUUGCACAUUAGAUAUGACGUCACCAGUAAUCUUGUAAAUGACUGGCAAAACUUUACGGCGAAAAUAACAAUGAAGAACACGGGAACUCGGGAUAUUUCCUUGGGAAACUGGGAAAUAUACUUCUUUUCAAUACGUCUUAUACAGCCAAAUGAUUUUCCCUUCCAGCAUGGCUACUUAUUACAGGAUUGUAAUAUGAAGGUGUAUCAUGCUGGUGGUAGUUUGUUCAAACUAACACCCGCGGGCCGAGAGUUUUCAUUGAAAUCUAAAGGAAACUUAGCGUGCACAAUCGUUGCCAAAUAUUGGCAGUCAGCCAGGACAGAUUGUAUGCCAAAUUGGUACGUAACCGCUGAAGGCAUGCAGGCGAAAGAUAUUAAGUCUACUGAAAACGAGGCUCUGACUUUUGUUGGACCUUUCACCAGACCUGAGCAAUAUCGUCGAUAUCCAGCAGAUACCUAUCAUCCUUACACACCAGAAGAAAGAUACAACAUUAAUGAAGCUAUGACCGUAUCUGGAAUGCCUGCAAAACAUAUUAUACCAACUCCUGUAAAUAUUAAUCUAGAAGAAGGAUCUGUGAACGUCGAUCCAUCAUGGGUUAUUCUUAAUUCUACAAAGUACAGUCAGGGAAUACACUUAAUUUCUAAUCUCUUCGGUGUCAGUAUUCAAAACACGAAGCCGUCGUCUAAAUACAUUGAAAUAGAAACAGUGGAAAAUUUAGACCUUCUCGAAAAAAAUGAAACACAUGAUGAAGCCUACUGGAUUGUUACAACCGAUUCAUCUAUCACUAUUUCUGUGAGAACCACAAAAGGUGUGUUCUACGCUUAUCAGUCACUGCGAAGCUUGACUAAUGGAGGAAAGGUACUUCCGGUUGGUGUCAUCAAUGACCAGCCUCGGUUUCAAUACCGAGGAAUGCAUGUUGAUGUUGGACGAAACUUUCAUUCAAAAGAGGAAAUUCUUAAAAUUCUUGAUGCCAUGGCUAUGUAUAAGUUAAACAAGCUUCACUUUCACUUGACUGAGGAUGAGGGCUGGAGGCUGGAGAUUCCUGGUCUUCCUGAACUCACUGAGGUAGGUUCCAAGCGGUGUCAUGAUCUGUCAGAAGACGAAUGCGUACUUCCUCAAUUAGGAUCCGGGUCAGCAAAGGACAGACUCGGUUCUGGAUUUUACACUAUCGAAGACUACAAAGAAAUACUACGUUUCGCCAACGACCGCCAUAUUGAAGUCAUUCCAGAAAUCGAUAUGCCUGGUCAUUGUCGUGCUGGAAUUAAAGCAAUGGAAGCACGGUUCCGGAAGUACAUGAAAUUUGGAAACGAGACGGCGGCAAGAGAAUACCUAAUGACGGACUUCACUGACAUAUCUCAAUACCUCUCUGUGCAGUUGUUCACAGAUAAUGCAAUAAACCUCUGCAUGAAUUCAACGACGGCCUUCAUUACUUACAUUAUUAGAGCAUUAAAAACUAUGCAUGAAGAUAUUCAACCGCUGAAGAUGUAUAAUUUUGGGGGUGACGAAGUAGUAGGGGCUUGGAAAGAUUCGCCUGAAUGUCGGAAGUUUAUGAAUAAUUCCGGAUUUAAGCACGUGAGUGAACUCAAGAAAUAUUUUGCUCAUCUGAUGGAUGAGCUAACUGACAAUGAGGGUCUUAACGUGGCUGCGUGGGGAGACGGACUGAAGGAGGGACUAACGCCAUACGAUCUGUCUGAAUUCCCCAGUAAAAGGGAUAUAACUGCCGUUAACUGGGAAAACGUCUGGGAAUGGGGACAGGGGGAUAAAGCUUACAAACUGGCCAAUGCUGGAUAUAAGGUCAUUCUCGGACACGCAACUCACCUUUAUUUUGACCAUCCAUACGAGCCUGAUCCUGAGGAACGAGGCUUCUACUGGGCAACGAGAUUUACAGACAUUAGAAAAACCUUUGGCUAUGUCCCAAGCAACAUAUAUUAUAAUGCCGACAAAGCAGGCAACGGAAAACCUCUCACCCCGGAUCAAAUUUGUACUCACAAUGGCACCUGUUUACAACUUGAAAAACCAGAAAAUAUCAUAGGGAUGCAAGGUCACGUCUGGACAGAAACAAUUCGGACCGCCGACGAGCUUCAAGAAAUGGUAUUCCCUCGCCUUCUAGCUCUAGCUGAGAGAGCAUGGCACGAAUCCACGUGGGAAAAUAUUGAUAAUAAAGAGGAACGGAUCAAAAAGACAAAUGAGGAUUGGACUUCAUUUGCGAAGGCUUUACAAAAUAAGGAGCUGGCACGCCUAGAAAAACUUGGAAUCAAUUACCGAAUUCCUGUUCCAGGAGGAAGAUUAAUAAAGGAAAAGUUAAAUGUUAACACGGAUCUUCCUAGUCUAACGGUUCAGUACAGUGCAGAUAAUAAACGAACAUGGAAUGAUAUACCUGUCCAUACAGAGAUAUCAGGCUUGCCGGAUGGAAAGGAAGUAUACUUAAGAACAAGGUCGGUGGAUGGAGCUCGCUACAGUAGAGUCAUAUCAUUCAGAACACCAGAGAUUGCUUCUGUUUCACCUAACAAAGUCCCUUCUGCUUUACUAAUUAUAUGUAUGGUCCUAAUGUACUUUAGCUAACAUAAUGGACAUAUAUACAUGAUAUAUAAAAUGGUGUGUACAAAAUGUAUGGGGGUUUUUUAUAGUCAAAGAACUGCAGUUUGUUUUUGGGUGGCAUAAUCUGAACAGUUUGUUAUGACAGGCGCGGCUUUAGUGUGCAUUUUCAGAUUUGUAUUUAAUGACCGGUAAAAUUAUUUAACAAGUAUUUUUUUAAGCUUUAAGGAUUAAAAAAAAUCACUUGAUAAUUAAUAUGGUUUUUUUUUUGCAAAAUUAAAGAUACUUCUAUUUUUGGAAUGAAAAUAUCUUCUACAUCUAACAAAGGAGAUUUAUUUUAUGACAAAUUUCCCAAGCAUAUUAAAAAAAC